UUUCGCGACGUCGCGACGCCACAACUCGUCCAAAUCUGCAUCUUGGUACACUUCUAACAUCUCUUUGGUGCGGUGCCGGUUUAUCACCACUAUUUUUGUGACAUGUGUGGAGUUUAAGGUGUUUGCACGGUUUUUUUUUUUGGUGAUUCGAUUGUAUUCAAUUUUACGAUGGGCUGUGGUGGUGUUAAAAUGAUGCUGUGGAGGUUGUUCGUGACGCUGUGCCUGUUGGAUUUGGAGCGAUCAGGGGUGACGUCCCUUCACAUAGUCGAUUUCCGGGUGCCGUCGCUGGUCGUCCGGAAUCAGAACGUCCGGCUGGAGUGCACGUACGACAUGGACGGCGAGAUACUCUACUCGGUCAAAUGGUACAAGGACGGUCAGGAGUUUUAUCGUUUCGUUCCGAGGGAUCAUCCCCAGACCCAAUGGUUUUCGCAAAUGGGAGUCACUGUUGACAUGCAUAAUUCAACGGACACCGCCGUCGUUUUGCAAUCGGUCCAGCUCACAACAACCGGAACCUACAAGUGCGAAGUAUCCGGUGAGGCACCGUUUUUCGAGACCGUCGCCGAACGCUCCCAAAUGGUGGUCGUUGCACUGCCGGACGAGGGUCCGAAAAUAACUGGCGGCAAGGUGAGGUAUCAGAUCGGGGACAUGGUGAGGGUGAACUGCACGUCCGGCAGGUCCAAGCCUGCCGUCCAGCUCAAUUGGAUGAUCAACGGCGAGCCGGCCGAUCCCAAGUUUUUGCGGGGACCCGAAACGAUAACAACCGGCAGGGAAGGACUCGAAACCACCAUCUUAGGAUUGGAGUUCGCGGCAAAGCACAAGCACUUCAAGAAGGGCAACAUGAAGCUGAAGUGUUUGGCGACGAUAUCAUCUCUAUAUUUGGUCAGCAACGAAGAGAGCGCGGAGGGUGAGAGGCCGCAGAAGGCGUCGGUGUUAGAGAGUCGUGGCACCGUUGCUCCCUCCGGCUCGCGGGCGGACAGAGUACAAGCUGCCAACAGUCCUGCAAACCUGCUUCCACAUCUCUCAUUGGUGCUGGUGAGUUACUGCCUAGUUCUCCUGACAACGAGCUAAGCGAUCGGCUCCACCGAUCCAGCAGCAAAGAUGUAAAAGCCAAAGACACUUAGUGAGUGACGACAAAAAUCUAUAAUAGGUUUUCAUCCUUUUUUCAUAACCUAAAAAAAAAGUAACUUAAAAAGUUUAAUCCCGAUACUUAAAACGCUAUUUUACAAAUAUUUUUCGAGACGUGCGCAUCGCGAUGCUGCCAGCUUUGUACAUUCCCGCCUGUAAAUUUUAAUCGGUGUUUUCGGUUUUUUACGGUUCAUUGUGAACGUAGUUUCGAAUGGCACUAAUUUGUUGUAAUAUCGAUCAUUUGGCCGAACGUUUCGAUCGUCCGAACGGCGAACAACGUAUCAAUUGAAUCAGUUCGAGAAUAUAUUUUUGUAUAUAAGGCACAUUUUUCCGGUUUUGGGUUCCGACGAUCGAAAUCCUAACGGCAGUUCGAUUAACUGAGUUGCAUUUAUUAAAUAAAACUGAGUUUAAGACGUGUUUUUUCCAUUAGCAUUUGUCCCAAAUAGUAUAAUUAAUGCUUGAACCUAUCCGAGAUUCCGAUCGUGCGUUAAAAUUUUUAUUGAUAAAUAUUGUAGAUAUAUCGAUUGUUUGAAACAUUUUUAUAGUCUAUUAUGAAUACGUGAUUUUGUUCAGGCGGUCGGAAUAUUCGGGUCGACGAUCCUUCAUAUUUCUCAUGUACAUAUCUACAUUUUUCAAUGUUAUAACAAUCAUAUAAUUCUAGUCGUCAAUUUGGGACUUAGAACAUUUCUAAUCUAAUGAUGUAUUAUGUAUACAUAGAAUAUUAUGCGUGUUUAUAAGCUUGGUUAUCCUGUAAUAAUGAAAAAAUAGUCAAUUCGGUGAUGAAAUUUAUUGAAAAAUUCACAUAUUCGCAGUUUCAUUCUUGAGUAAAUCAAUAAAAUAUAAAUAUCGUCUCAUAAAUUAUUUCAUCCCCGAGCCAUCAAUAACAAACAGGAACACACAUAUAUCGCAUUCAUAUCGUGACAUUAUCACUCACCAUAUCAUUCAUCAGUACAAAUCAAACGAAAAUCAAGCUUAUAAAUUAUUUAAGCACUGACUGUAUUUUAUAAAUUUUAAUGAGAACCUAAUCAUAUAUUAAUGUACUAUACCAGAUAUAAAGCUAGUCUAUUUAUUUAAAAAAAAAUGAACGUUUUAAAUCCAAACUUGUUGGUUGAAUUUUGAAAUAUUUUAGAUAUUAGGUAUAAAAAAGGCUUGACGAUAAUUUUAUUAUUGUGAAAUAUUUCUGUUAAUCGGUUUAAUACAACAUCAUUGAUUUUACUGUAGCAAUUUUUGUACAUUAUUCGAACGAUAUGAUUGUAUUAGAUAGAUUAAAGAUUUAAAGAAGUCCCUGUGAUCAAACAUAACAAAAAAAAAAUGAGGAGUAUUGGCGUGUUAAAGAGAGGAUUAGAUAUUAAGAAUAAAUGUGUAAUUACGACGACGUAAUAAAAUACGGCAUCUCAAUCUUCCAUUCAUUGCUGUUGAGGUGUUCUGUUUUAUUUAGCCAAGGACUUUCAUGUGAAUAAAAAAUGUGCUGAAACUGUGAAAACUGUAGAAGAAAACUGUUCGGAUUUGUUGUGGACGUUUUUUUAAAUAGUUGUGACAGUUUCAGGUUUAAAUUAAAUGUAUAUAUUGAAAUUGUAUAAUUGCUGUAGUACUAAUUACGACAGUUGUUUGGCUCAAAUCGAUCUGGCAGACGUUCGAUUUGGGUCUGCUCCUACUUUACAUUAAAUGUACUUUAUUUUAUGAAAAUAAAUAAAAAGUGACUCA